UACUCGAAUGCGUCUCAGCAAACUGCAGCGCGCGGGGCGAGCUGCUCGGUGUUUGGUGUUGAUUAAUAGUUUUUUUCCCCCUCUCUCUUCAAAGAAUGAAAAUGUGGAAGAGCGAGCAGGGCUUGUUGGCAGACUGGUAGCCGGUGAAUGGAGGUCACAGCAGACACCGACUGAGACACACAGGAGGAGAGGGAGGACGGACAGCGGCUAUCCGCCUUCAAAAAUGGCGUCUCCGGAGGAAAAUGAGUAAAAAAUAUUAAAACGCGGCCUGUUUCUUUGCACUUCCUCGUUCGGUUUUUAUUCAUUUUUUCGUGCUCCUACGUCACCGGUCGAGGUGCGAACGACCCUGUUUGGUUUUUUACUCGGAUGGCCUUUGGAGAAAAGAGAGGAGCGUGUAUUUGGGGGCGAAAUAAAAGCAGCCCUGUUUUAUUUUGAUGCGUCGUUGCUGACAGCUAGCAUCUGCUGCUAGCUUCUCACAGUUCCGCUCCGGAGGAGGGGGGGUGGGAACCAUUUGCAUGCAAAGAGAGAGGCAGGAGGGAAAAAAAAGAGAUUUUCAAAUUGGGGAUUUUCUUUUUGCUCGUCCAUGGGGGAAUGAUUGCUACCAACGUGGCCCCGUCGAUUGCUAUCUUUUCUAGUGCUAGCAUCAGCGUAGCUAGCCUGAAGAAAGGGGAGGAGAGACGGUGGAAAAAAGGACGCGUUUAAGUCAAAUGUUUAAACAGCUAUUCGCCCAUCAGCGAGCAAAUUCGCGGCAUCUUCAUCAUGACCAUGACUGCUUUCAGGCCGAGGAAAUGAUAAAGGCACUGGAAAAGGUGAAAGACUGGCUUUUUUUGGAGGUGGUUGGAUUGUAACCCCGUAGACCCCCCUCUUUUUUCAUCCAGCUUUCUCCUCCUCCCCACCAUUUCUCUUUCAAUAUGCUGUUUUCCACUCCUGAGGACUUGCUUAUGAAACCGGGGAAAAUAGCUUGAAAGCGAGAACGUGGAAAGACUGGAUUUUUGUUCUCGUUGCUUUCACGCAUUGUACCGCUCAUAAAUGGAUAGAAAUUACCCGGGAACAGGAUUUGGUGAUUUGGGCGCAGGAGCAGGAUGGAGUUACGACAGAACGGCAAAAAGUCUGGUAUAUGGGAGUUCCAGAUCAUCCCACCCUGACUCUGAGCUCCUUCACAGACAAGCCUACUCCACCCCACACCCUCUGCAGGGCUAUGCCACCAAUCACCACCCAGGGAGCUCUGGCCAAGGCGGGGCUUGGGGAGCAGCUGGACGGAGUUUGGGUCUUUCUGGGCUUUUUGACACUGGCUUACACCACGCCAGCCCCUCUGCUCCUGACGCCUCGGUCAUGAACCUGAUCUCAGCUCUGGAGUCCCGAGGUCCCCAGCCUCCACCCUCUGCCUCUUCCCUCCUCUCUCAGUUCCGCACACCGUCCUGGCAGACAGCGAUGCACACGCCUGCUCCUCCUGAACUAUUCAUCUCUGGAGCCCUUCCUGGCUCUGGAUCCUUCCCUUCCUCUUCAGCCCUAUCAGCCUAUCAGCAUCCAGCAUCCUUCUCCAGUCGCUCUUUCCCCACAGCCUCCCUUUCCCUCCAGGACACGCCCACAUUUAGCCCCACGUCCAAUGGUCUGCUCUCCCCCCAUGACCCCCUUAUACACAUAAAAGCGCCAUCCCAGUCCAGCUUGGGUUUUGAUCGACUCCUGUCCUCCCAGGGUGCUGCAGCUGCUGCCUACAGAGGCAGUCAGGACCCCACUGGUGCCACGUCAGCCCAGGCGUCUUCUGCCAGGCAUCUGCAGUCCCACCAGUUCAAUCUAUUGUCCUCUCAGCUUCAAGAUCAAUCCUCUCAGCUUUAUAACCCCUCAGUGUUCUCCUCAGCCCAGCCUCAGCCUCAGUCCCAAUCGCAGUCUAACUCGGCUCAGGAAAGGGCCAUGCCCCGACAGGACAGCGUCAUCAAGCACUACCAGCGGCCCACGCCCGCUCAGUCACAGCUCUCGUCCUCGGCUGCUCACUCUCUCCAGCACUAUCUCAGCUGUGGAGGAGCAGGUUACCAACAGAUCGCCACUCACCACAGGCACGCUGGCCUUCCCUGUAGCCCGCUGGGCGACCAGAGCCCCUCGUCUGACCAUAAGCCCGCCUCUCGCACUGAACAAUAUCGACCCAUCAUUCAGCCUCCCUACUCCUCAUCUUCCUCUUCGUCCUCUUCAUCAGCUGGAAAGGGUACAAAAAGUAGUUCCAGUAGUGGCUAUUCUUCAGGCAGUUCCGCGUCAUCAUCAAGAACACCUCAUACGCCCCCCUCAGCUUCUUCGACCUCCUCUUCCUCGUCGUCAUCUUCUGCAACAUCAGGUGCUCAUCCUUCAAACUCAAUUCCCACCUCCAGCUCCAGCGCUGCUCCGUCCCGACAGCAGCCACCUCCUCAACCGGCUCCGCCUCCCCCUACCCCUCAGCAACAGCCUCCUUCCACCUCUACUUCAGCUCCGCAAUCUCUCCCCAAGUCCUGUCUGUCUGGCUACGGCUCCCCAGUACCCCCAGUAAAGACCCCCACAUCUGCGCUUACCGGACAGACUCCACCUCAACAACAGACUCAGUCAUAUUCUCCUAAUCAGCCCCCUACUUCCCACCUGACACAGUCCUAUGGGGGCUUCAACUCACCCCAAGCCCAAGACUUGAGCUCUGGUACAGGUGGAAAAGGUUAUGGAAGUUUAGGUGGGCGGAGCCAUUCGUAUUCCACCGAUCUAUAUGGAGCUGAUUCUGCUUAUGGGUCACUCCCCUCCUCUCUGGGUGGAGCAGGGAGCCCAUCCCUUGGUUAUGGAGCUCCAGGUCACUCACCUGCCCUGUUAAGGUCAAGCGGGUCAUCAGGUAGUGGAGCGUCUGGGGGAGGAAGCAGCAGCGGCGGAGGGAGUGGGAACUCCGGAUCAGGUGGAGCAGCAGGAAAUAGCAUGACCAGUGAGAGAGGUGGAGGAGGAAGCGGGGGAGGUUCCUAUCAUAUUCCAGACUCCAGUCCCUCCCCAUCCGGUAACUCCGCCAUCAUCCGGCCAGGUUUGCAUUCCCCCGUGCCAACAUGUCCCACUCAGUCUCCAGGAGGUGCUGGGUCAAAUAAAUACAUUCCCUCAGUUCUCUCGCCCACUUUUCUCGCGUCCCCCCAGGCGUACCCUGAUACCAGAGGUCCCACCUCCCAACCUCAGUCGUAUCAUUCCAACUCCUCAAAGGCAAAACCGGACACGUCCAUGAUGGGUGUGGGCUCUCAGAGAUCCCAAGAGGAAGUGGACGAUGACGAUGAGUUCUUGAUUCAGCAUCUCCUUCAAGCCCAAGCAAGCCCCGCUCCUCAGGCUGCUCAUCACCACUCUCAACCACAGCCCCAGCAGACGUCUCAGCAAACACAACCACAGCCUCAGUCGGUACCCCCCACAAGCGACUCGGGCAAAGGCAUGAGUUAUGACAUGAGCAAGACCCCCGAGGAGAGGUACCACCCCCAGAGCGUUAUACGUACACACAGCGCAACAUCCACUGCCGGUGUGGGGAAUACAGGUUCUGGGGGGUCCAUUUCUGGGCUGGACAACCAGCUAGAGAUGUCACUUAAGAAACAACAGCAGCAUCAACAGCAACAACACCACCAUCAGACACAACAGCAGCAACAAAGGAGUGACAGAUCCGUGGGGAGCAGCAGAAACGGCAACGGACGAGGAAGUGCCGAGCAAGUCCACUCGCACCUCCAUCAUCACGACGGCCUCGGCUCCGUUGUUCACUACGGCCGGGGUGACCCAUACUCCCAGCACUCCCUCGCUGCCCAACACUCCUCACACAGUCAACAUGUGUCGUCACAUUCGCAGAUGCCACCUCACCAAAUGGAGCUCCAGAAGAAGCCCCAAGGAAGCGCGGAAAUUCCUUACCCUCGUAAAACGCCGGAGCUGCAGCAGCAGCACCCUCAGUCCCAAGCUGCCGUGUCCCUCAUGGACUCCCCAACGGAUCAAUCCCGCCAGCCGCCACACCUGCUCCAGUCGGUUCUGUCCCACACCACCCGCAACAAGCUUGAGCCUCAUCAGCCGCACCACAAGAUGGACUCCCAUCGCCAACACCAACAGCACCAGAAAAUGGAUCCCCACCCUCAGCAUCAGCAGCACCAGAAAAUGGACUCCCAUCAGCAUCCGCAGCACCACAAAAUCGAUUCUCACUCGCAGCACCAACAGCACCACAAAAUGGACUCCCAUAGCCAACAGCAGCAGCACUCUAUUAGCCAGCAACAAGCUGUGAUGGAAGGUGCCGGUGGGAGACUGGGCUCCAGUAAACAUCCGGGUCAGUCCCAGUCUCAAACCACCCAGCUCCAGCUUCAGCUGCAGUCCCAAGCUUUGGAAGUGGCAGCCGCCCACUACAACCACGGACCCCAUCAGCAUGACCAGAGCCAGGUCAAACAGAGCUCAGUGGUGUCCUCCCUGGACAUGCUGGAGCGCUCUCUCUCUCAGACCUCCAGCGGUGAUGUUGGUGUCGCAGAGGACAGACGCGGUGGACCGGGCAGCGCGGGCAGGAGCGGCGGCGAGCGCCACAGGCAGCAGCAGGAGCCUCAGAGGCAGCACCCUCCCCACCAUCAGCCGCAGCAACCCCAUCACUCGGCCCCUGAGCUCCACUCCUUCCUGGCUGAGCCUGACAUCGGUUUAUCCACGCCGUCUCACAUGCAUCAUCUAUCACAGCAUCAUGCUCAGCAGCAACAACAGCAAACCCACCCCCACCUCCCUCAUACCCAGCCCCACCCUCAGCAGCAGCCGCCUCACCCUCACCACAUACCCCAACCCUCGGCCGCAGCCCACCCCCAGUCUCAGCCCGACUCACAGCAGCCACUCCCAAGCCAGCUUGCCACACAGCAGAGCCAAAUGGACCAACAACGCUCGGAUCCGCACCAGUUUGAUACAGUCAGCCCAGUAGAGAAAGCAGAGCAGAACCAGCAGAGCAACCGGUUCGUACCUUUAACCUCAAUCUGCUUCCCGGAUUCCCUGCUUCAAGACGAGGACCGUUCCUUUUUCCCAGGAAUGGAGGACAUGUUUUGCGCGGAGGACUAUAAAUCGAGCUGUAGUGGCGGUGCCGGUCCAGGACAAGAGGAGAUGAACGAAAGCCAUCCUGGGCAAGAAGGAAUGGAUUCGAUGAAAGCUGGACAGGGUGCGGGAGGAGCAGCAGGAGGUGGUGGACCAGGCUACAACAUGAUGGGUCACCAUGGUGGCGAUCAGGCAUAUGAACAGUACUGUCAUGGUCUGGAAGAAGCCAACAACAACACCAUGACUCUGGAUCUAGACUCUCUUAAGACGCAUGAGCUUCCCUCCACGGUCAACACCGAACAGUUGGGUCUGAUCCAGUCUCAGCCCCCAGCUUUGGGUAUGGGCUCUAAUGCAGCCGGUCCGAACAACAACGGAGCUAAGCUUUCCUCUGGUCCUGGAGGAACCGGCUCGGGUGCAGGUUCAGGAGGCCUCCAGUCUCCAAUUUUCUGCUCAUCUCGUCCCAAAAAACUCCUGAAAUCCAGUUCGUUCCACCUGCUGAAGGAGCGCAGGGACCCCAACACACUACCUAAGAAAAGUUAUGCCCAAGAAUAUGAAUUUGAGGAUGAUGAAGAUAAAGCCGACCAGCCUGCUGACAUCCGGCUGAACAGCCGCAGGCUUCCUGACCUUUUACCAGAUUUGGUGUCUAGCUGCAGAAAGGGAGGAGGAGGAUCCCUGAGCCCUCUAAUGGGCGACAUCGAUUUUUACCACUCCUCUGGCUACACUUCUAUGGGUUCGCACUCUAUUCUUCCUCCAGACGGACCCAAGAAGAGAGGCCGAAAGCCUACCAGGCCAAAGAGGGAGGGGCCUCCGAGGCCAAGGGGUAGACCACGUAUCCGCCCUAUGCCUGAGCCCUACACCCCGCGGGGCAUGAUGGGUGAAAUGGGCGGCUCAGCAGUUGGAGGGGGGUUCAGCGUGGAGGGACGAGGUCGAGGCAGAGGGCGAGGAAGCCGAGGUAGAGGAGGAAGGAGGGAGGAUAUGUACAUGGAGAUGAGCGGGAAGGAGCAGGAUCAGAUGCACUCGCAUCACCUUCAGCAGCAGCAGUCACAGCAGCUCCAUCACCAGCCGCAGCAGCAUCACGAGCCCAUCCCACCUCUCAAGAUCAAGUUGCCAGUUGGUACUCUGUCCUCCUCUGACGCCUUGCUGAGGACAGACUCUUUGUCUGGCACCGAUCCUGCUUUGUCAGACGGCUCGGUUGGCUCCGCUCCCUCACUCGGUUUAAGUCCUGGACCCCCCUGCAGCACUGACAGUACUAGAAGCCAGGACAAGAACAAACAGAAAAGCCAGAUGAUAAGUGAAGGAGUGGAUGAAGAAGGACUGGAUGAAAGGGGAGAUGAGAAGGAUUCAGAGACUAAAGCUGGCUUUGUGGCUUCGUUUUUGGACUUCCUAAAGACGGGGAAGAGGCCUCCGGGGUUGGACAUCUCACCAGGAAUGGAACAUGACAACGGCGAAACGUCACCCUGUAAAGCAGGGGGUCUGCGCCCUCUCUCUCCUGCACCACCUCCCCCACCGCCACCACCUCCGUUUGGAGACAGUGAGGGGAAUGGGGGGCUGGCUCUUGGCAACUGCCCCAGCCCCAAGCGCUUGGAAGAUGAGCUGAAGAGAAACUUGGAGACUUUGCCAUCUUUCUCCUCCGAUGAGGAAGAUUCGGUCGGAAAGAACCAGGAUCUUCAGAAGAGUAUCUCCUCUGCCAUUUCGGCUCUGUAUGACACUCCUCAGCUGACCUCAAACAUCCAGGCCCCUCUACCUCCUCAGCCCCAGACUCAGUCUAUUCAGGCUCCUCUCACCCCUGAAAUGGAGCCUCCCGCGCUAAGUCCACAGCCAGCUGUGCAAACCACACACUCUCAGCCGGAGUCUGAGGAGCCCGACAUCCUUCCUCCAGAGGAAGCUGACAUGGAAGAGGAGAAAGAUGAGGAGAACGAAGAAGAAAGGAGUACACCAGAAGAAGAAGAGAGAGAUAUAACGGAGGAGAUGGAACCCCAGCUAGAAACUCUGGGCGCUCCUAAACUUGAUGCUCCUCUUCCAGAGGUUCAACCAGAGCCAGCGACUCCCGAACAACAAUCUGUCCCUCCAUCUCCUGCCUCAUCCUCUACUCCGUCUCACUCCCCCCUUCCUCCCCUCUCUCUCCCUUCACCGCAACCUCCGCAAGAAGAGCAACAGGAGGAAUUCCAGCCCCUGAGCCCGGCUGCUCCUAGAUCUCCUUCUCCAACUUCCCCUCCUGAACCAGCCACCGUUCCUCAGCCUGCCACACCACCUCCGGCUUCUCCUCCUCCUCCUCCUCCACCCUCAGCUCGAAAAGAGUCUCCCGUGCCGUCCCCAGAGUCUCCUGCCUCUCCUGAGGAGCCUCCUGCUCCUAAGAUCACAUCUCUGCACCUCGCCCAGAAGCAGGAAGAUGCAGCCAUUGUUGGGGAAAGCGAGGAAGAUGAGAGUGAGAGUGGAGGGGAGGGCAUCUUUAGAGAAAGGGAUGAAUUUGUGGUGCGGGUGGAGGAUAUUCGGACUCUUAAGCUGGCUCUGCAGACAGGCCGGGAGCCUCCGCCCAUCUGGAGAGUGCAGAAAGCCCUGCUACAAAAGUUCAGUCCAGAGAUCAAAGAUGGGCAGAGGCAGUUUUGCGCCACAAGCAAUUAUCUUGGCUACUUUGGAGAUGCAAAAAGACGGUACCAGAGGAUAUAUGUGAAGUUUCUUGAGAACUUUAACAAAAAGGACUACGUGAGGGUUUGCUCCCGGAGACCUUGGCGGCGAGCUGCUCCAGGACUCAGGCGACAGUCUCUUCCAAGGAUGGCAUCCCCACCUGCUCCACAGGCACCACCACCACCACCUCCACCUAGAGCGGCAGAGAAAGAUGAACGAGUGACUCCACCUUUCCAUCGUGAACAAAAAGAGAAAACAUCAAAGCCGGCAACAGCUGCAGAACAACAAGACAAGAAGGAGGUAGCUGCCGCUGUGUCCAAAGCCAAGGAGAAAGAGAAGGAGCCCGAGAAGGAGAGAGAGAGGGUGAAACGGGUACAGACGCAGCAAGAAAAAGCAGAGAGGCGGGUACAGAUGCAACAGGAAAAGGCGGAGAAACGGAUACAGAUGCAGCAGGAAAAGGCGGAGAAGCGAGCACAAACGCAGCAGGAGAAGGCUGAGAAGCGGGUACAGCCGCAGCAAGAGAAGCUGGAGAAGCGGACCCCGCCUCAACAGGAGAGAGCGGAGAAGCGGACCCCGCCUCAACAGGAGAAAGCGGAGAAGCGGACCCCUCCUCAACAGGAGAAGGCAGAGAAGCGGACGCUGCCUCAACAGGAGAAAACUGAGAAGCGGAUACAUCCACAGCAGGAGAAGACGGAGAGGCGGAUACAGCAGCAACAGGAGAAGGUGGAAAAACGCGCCGCAACUGUGGACCGCGCUAGAGCAAAGGAGGACAAGAAAACCCUGGAGAAGAAGGAGAAACCUGAGCGACCACCCAAGUCAAAGUCCACCAAAGUAAAAGCUGAACCUCCACCCAAGAAAAGAAAGAAGUGGCUGAAUGUACCCUCAUCUGUACCCUCGUCUUCUGACUCUGACUCCUCUGAUGAGGCGGCGAGUGAGAAUGAAAUGCCAGUUAAGGGAGGAGUGAACAAUCGUGCCAUGAGGGAGAUGUUCAGGAGCUACGUGGAGAUGCUGGUGAGCACAGCCUUGGACCCAGACAUGAUCCAAGCUCUGGAAGACACAGACGAUGAGCUGUACCUGCCCCCGAUGAGGAAGAUUGACAGCAUCCUGGGUGAACAGAAGAGAAGGUUACUGAGAAAAGUCAGCAUGAGUUCUCAGCACCAGGAUGUUCUGCAUGCUUACCCCCAAAUGAUGGCAGACUCUCUGGACACCAGAGUGGUGAGGGUGCGGCUUGCUGGUGACGCUUACAACCGAAAGACCCUCAACCGUGUCAAGAAAACCCUGCCUAAACCACAGGACCUUAAACUAUCAUCUGAAACCUACCGGAUAUACAGUCUCUACCACUCCUUGCAUCACUAUAAAUACCACACCUUCCUACAGUGCAAGAAAGAGACCAACACCAUUGAGCAGGCGGCUGAGGACCCGGGCCAAGAGGAAGUGGUGCAGCAGUGCAUGGCCAACCAGAGCUGGCUGGACACCCUCUUUGGCUCCUUCAUAGAGCUGCUCACACUCAGCACCAAAGCCUGAGUUUGCCUCAUAAGGAGAUACACAGAGAGCUAAAGUAUGACUUUAAAAAAAAAUAAAUGAAUAAGAAGAGAAUCUGAAAAAGAAAUAAAAAAACAGAUGAAUCCUACUGUACAGCCCCCAGCCCCUCUUCAGAAUCUGUUCAGAUCCGAGCAAGGAGUUUUUAAGGCCCUUGACGGAGAAGAAGGCGUGUUGACCUGACCUCGGACACUGGCCUGUUUUUAUUUUGUCUUGUUGUUGACCAAUCACUAAAGAUAUGUCUUACUUUGUGAGAGUCGGACCCUACUGGAUUAAAAGGUGGGGCAUCGAAGGCUCCGGAUCUUUGUUUAAAAAAAAAAAAAAAAGGAGAUAAAAACGGGGAUGAACAAGGAGGACGAAGAAGAGGAGGAGCCGAAAAACCAAGUCAACGGAGGAGUCACUGACGUCUUGUUAACUGUGUGUCAUAAAAGACAAUAGUUCAAAGAGAAACUAUCACCGCUUAGUUUUUACAUAAAUUAUUUUUUGAAAAGACUAACAUCAGCUUUCGGCUUUUGAGAAGACUGGAAGGUGGCGAGAGUGCUUUUUAAUCUGCGUGCAGAGCGUGCCGUGAGCAGCGUGAUCGUGGAUAGAAACAUGAAAAGUGUUAAGAACGCUCUCUUGUUGUCAUGUGCUACGUGAAAGGGCAGCACCAGUUGGCCGUGUGGUAAUAUAUGAACGCAUUUUUAUUAUUUAUAUGAGGUUUUUAACUUAAAAACUCUCACACGCGCUGGUUUGCUGCCCCAGACGUUUUAACUAGCUUUUUAUUUUCCACAGGAUCAGUAUACAAUCAUAACCCACAUAUCCAAAUCGUCUUCCCCUCUAUACAAAAGAACAGACGUCCAGACAGAAAUAUUGUAUCAAAUACAGUGGGUGUAAAAUAAAAAAAAAGAAUGGAAAAAAAGAAUGAAAAAAGAAUGGUUGCAUUUAUUUGAAACUUAACAUUGUUGUGCUUCAGUUCAAUCAUCAGUCAU